AUGACAAAAACAAAGGAGGUUGAUGUCCAUAACUCUCCGAGUCACCUCGCCUUCGCCUCGCCCAAGGAACGGAGACUCCAUCUCCGGCAGAAGAUGGAAAGCGGAGGCGGGACGGAGGGCUCGGACAGCGGGCAGCACGCGGAGCUCCCUGCGAUGGUGGCCGCUCACCCUGCGGGCGAGAAGAAGAAGAAGAUAAACCGGGCUCCGUCCCCGGCCAGACCGAAGGACGUGCCCGGUUGGUCGCUCACCAAGAUCCGCGGAGGGAUUGGGACCCCGACGCUGAGCGUAAAACCGGGAGCCAUCCACCUGGGGAGCCGCAUUUCCAGGCGCAGCCCCGUGGGAAGUCUCGCUGGAAAGGACGGCAGAGCGGAGAAGAGCGGUGGUGGUAAACCGGCGGGCAAAUCCUCCUCCUCCUCCGCGUCGUCUAAAACGGCCAAGGCGGCCAAGAGCACUGGUGGGCGGAGGAAGGUGUCGGACGCCAGCAUCGGAUCCGACGAUACAUCGAAGGACUCCGGCUGCGCUACCGGGAAGCUGUCCCCCACCGACAGUAGCUCCGAGCUGUCGGACUGCGCCUCUGAGGAAAACAAGCUCUACACGGACGCCGUGAGCAGCGACGCCGAAUCAAGGAGCAGCCGCGGCGGUGAUAAGCCGCCCAGGGAGGGCGUGUUGGCGGACAGAGCGUGCCAAAAAGUCGCCGCCAGGACCACCUGCUCCUCCGCAGAGAGGGACUGCAAGGACCGGCUCUCCCUGGGCGUGGAGACCGGGGAAGGGAGCAUAUCCCCCGGCGAGGAGCGCUCGGUCACCUCGUAUGACAGCAGGGUCCCUGCCAGCACAUCCCUGGCUUUCUCAGACCUCACAGAGGAGUUUAUGGACGGCAUGCACGAGGAGUUUGUCCGGGAAAUAGAGGAGCUGAGGUCGGAGAACGAUUACCUCAAAGAUGAGAUGGAGGAGUUGAGGUCUGAGAUGCUGGAGAUGCGGGACAUGUACAUGGAAGAUGACGUCUACCAGCUGCAGGACCUACGGCAGCAGCUUGAGCAGGCAAACAAGACCUGCCGCAUCCUGCAGUACCGGCUGAGGAAGGCAGAGCGGCGCUCCGUCCGCGUGGCCCAAACGGGGCAGGUGGACGGAGAACUGAUACGAACGCUGGAGCAAGACGUCAAAGUGGCGAAGGACGUGUCCAUCCGUCUCCACAGCCAGCUGGACAGUGUGGAAAAGAAGAGGAGUCGUCUGGAGCGGGAGAACGAGGAGCUGAGGGUCCGCCUGCAGGACCUGGAGGUCGCCAAGCAGGUCCUGCAGCAGGAGAUCGACAAGAACUCCCAGAGGAAAAGAGGAGCACGAGCCAACAACAAACCUGACAAGAAGCUCUGUCCACAGGAGGACAGCUCGGACCUGAAAUGUCAGCUCCACUUUGCCAAAGAGGAGUCAGCCCUGAUGUGCAAGAAGCUGACCAAACUGGUGAAGGACAGCGAGGCCAUGAAGGAGGAGCUGGCCAAGUUCAGGUCACUGUACGGGGACGUCAACGCCUCGCUCACCGUGGAGGAGGUUAAUGACUCCCCCCACACGCGCGAGGCGGAGAUCAGAGUCCACCUGAAGCUGGUGGAAGAGGAGGCCAACCUGCUGAGUCGACGCAUCGUUGAGCUGGAGGUGGAGAACAGGGGGCUCCGAGCUGAGAUGGACGACAUGAAGGGACCACAAGAUUGUCCACAGGAGCUUUCUGGUGUUGGUGGCAGUCUGGGAGGAGGAGCCAUGGUACUCGGAGGAGGAGCUUCAUCUGAAAACGUCAUGGAGCUCCAGAGACACCUCCAGUUUGUGGAGGAGGAGGCGGAGCUACUGAGGAGGUCUCUCAUCGAGCUGGAGGAACAGAACAAACUCCUGAUGAAUGAGAUAAACCGCUACAAAUCUGAUCUCCCGCCGCCGACGUCCACACUGUCGUCCAACUCUUUGGCGUCGCUGACGGACGGGCUGCUCAACGACAGCCCGGUGCACUCCAUACAGGAAGGGGCGGUGCUUAUCAGCACGGACGCCCCGGUCCAGGAGGAGGAGCUCAGACUGGCGAGGCUUCAGAUUGGAGAUCUGGGCGGGAAGGUGAAGAAGCUGCAGUACGAAAACCGAGUGCUUCUGUCCAACCUGCAGCGCUGUGAUCUGGCCUCCUACCAUGCUCCUUCCUCCUCCUCCUCUUCCUCCUCACUACGACUGGCUCUGGAGACUGACGCAGAGGCCGGAGACUCGGCUGAGUGCCUCCCAAGCCCGCCUCACCGCAAAGAGCCAGUAGGGGGUGAGACCGAUGCCCUGGAUAUCAAGGAACGCAAAAAGAAGAUCGAGGACAACGCUGACGCAACAACCUCACUCCCUGGCUACCUGGGGCAGAAGGACCAUGAUGCCUUGCUGACCAUGAGGGACCAGGCUCGCUUGGUUUCCACCGCGAUACAGCUCCUGACCUCCCCAGAGUCUAACUGCCUCUCCUCCUCCCCGUCCAUCUAUCACAAGGUCUGCAGCAACGAGGCAGCAGAGCCGUGUGACCUGGAGAAACCUCAGCCUCACGGCCAGAUUUCAGAGCUGUCUGACCUGGCGGACCGGCCCCUGGUUGGUGCUCUGACCAGCAGGCUCCAGGCCCUGCACACCCAGCUACAGGCCUUUGUGGAGCAGGUCGACAGCCUGGGUAAACCCCCAGCAGGUGGGAGGGACCCUCAGGUUGAAGGAGCGUCUCCGCUGGCCUCACCCUGCGCCUCCCUCCUCUGCUCUGGGGACGGGCAGGAUGGACUGAGCGCUGCCGUGGAGCAGCAGCCUGAUUAUAGGGACCAAUCAGAGCCGGAGGUGAAAGGUGAAAUUGAGGAGAACAGCCAAUCAGACAGCAAUGAGAAGCAAAAGCGGGACAGCGGCCGGCUGGAACGGGGAGAGAAGGAGUCGGACGAUGCGCUGCCCGUCCAUGUCGAUGACCUCCUGGCUCGGCUGUCCGAAGCGGAAGAGUCGGCUCUCGGAACUCAGGUGGAGCUGGAGGAGGAGAGGCAGGCUCAGAGAGAAACCACUCUCAAACUCACACAGAUCCAGGAGGAGCACCAGAGGGCUCUGCUCCGUCGGGACUUCCAGCUGCAGAGUUUGGGCCUCCAGGUUCGGCUCCAGCAGAAGUUGUGGAGCCAGGAGAGGACUCUGCUGGUCCAGGAGUCCCAGCACCUCAAACAGGCCCUGGUGCUGCUCAGCCUCAAACUACGCUGCUUCCUCAAACAGUGGAGGCUGGGCUGCAGGAAGGACACGGAGUGGAAAGACAUCUUGGAGAUGAACAGCCUGAAGGACCUGUACCUGCUGUUGGAGGAGGAGAACCUGACGAGCCCCGUCCACCAGACUGACAAGAGGGCUGCUGCAGACGAACAACUCAGCCCAACUAUCAAGUCUAGUGCCGUGAGCAGCACCUUGGCGGACCUGAAGGUGGCGCUGCAAGAUUUGAGUGGAGAGUUGCGACAGGAGAGACAAGGCUCCCAAGAACUCACGCAGCAGUUCGCCAAGGCCAAGGCAUCAUGGGAGGUGGAGAGGACCGAACUACAGAGCCUCAUUACGCAGCUUGAGACCAAAUCAGGAAAAGCAGCUUCUCUGUCCGUCACUGAUGCACUGGAGCCUGCGGACCUGAAGGUGGCGCUGAAGAGGGAGUGUGAAGAACACCAGCACCUCCUGGCCGAUUCCUACGCAGCCGUGAUGGACCUAACUAAACAGCUUCAGAUCGGGGAGAGGAACUGGGGCAGAGAGAAGCUGGAGCUGCUGGAGAGGUUCAGCCAGGAAAGAGCUCAGUGGGAGCAGAGACUGGGAGAGGCCACUGCACAACAGGGCAAGUCAAAGUCAUUCGGCAGCGAGUCCUCUGCAGACACAGUCGUCAUGAAUGGAACAGGAUCUUCAAGAACCAAGUCCACUUCAGCGCUGGACGGCCCAGAAGUCAACGGUGGAGCCAAUCAGGAGGAGAGAAUUCAGUUUGCUGUCCCAGAGCUGGGUGACCUCACCAGGAAGAACUGGACCUACCUAACCAACGAGACCCCAGAGGUUGGGGACACCUGUAAAACCUGGGACGGUCCCAGCGGCUCUUGCAGCAGCUUAGUGGGAUCAGAGCUGGAUCUGGAGACCGUCCAGAGGAGCUACACUGCUCCAGACCGCACCGGCAUCCGGAUCUACUACAGCCCUCCUGCUGUAAGACGCAUGGAGCACCGCAGAAGGAGCCAGGAGGCCAAAGAGCCACAGCAGGCCCAGAACGGGAGCUCUUCCCUGGGAGUGAGUGGCUCCGACGCAGGCGUGGCUGCGGUGGGAACCCUUGAGGUUCAGCAGCAACAACCUCCUUCCUCCUUUUCGUCCUCGUACGAGCAGUGGCUGAGCUCACUGUCCAAGCAGCACAGGGAGCUGCUGGAGAGCAGAAGCGGCUGCAUCGCCGGUUCGAUCCCCAGUGUCGCCAGCAACGGCGUCGGCGGCUCGGUUGAUGGGAUGACGCCCUCGUCGGCUUUCCACGGCCUGGAGAUCGGGGAGAUUUCCGCCAACUUGAGUGAUGACAUGAAGGAGAUGACCAACUGUGUCCGCCAGGCCAUACGCUCUUCCUCUCUGGAGAGGAAAUCCUCCAAGGAACCUGGGAGUCAGGGCAUGUCCACCAGGUCCACGCAGACCACUGCGCAAUAUGUCAGCAUCGGGCUUCAAACCGACAACCCUUCCACCAGCAGAGGGUUCCACCAUAAAGCCUGGUCUCCUCGCCCCUCGUCAACAACCACAUCCUCGCUGGUGUCCGCUCGAACCCGGCAGAUAUCCUCAUCCCUGGAUAAAGUUCACAGCCGCACCGAUAGGCCAUGCUGUUCACCCAAGUAUGGCUCACCCAAACUACAGCGCAGAGUGUCUUCUGGCUCCAUCUCCAGACUGGACGGCAGUUCCUCUUCCAGGGACCGGAGCCUGUGGAGCCUCCAGCAAAGAUCCAUUGGUGGAGGAGGAGGCUCGGCGUGGGCUCGCUCCACCACCACCAGGGACAGCCCCGUCCUGAACGGCCUCACCGACGGCCUCUCCAGCCUCUUCAGUGUGGUCGAACACGCUGGAAGCACAGAGUCGCUCUGGAGGGCUGAUGGAGGAGCCAGUCCAGCCCGGCAGUCUCCUGCCGCAGGGAAACCCACCAGUGCACCGGUCUGUGGACCUGACCCCGGCUCUCAGCGGUACGGAAGCCUGGUCCAGGAGUUCUUCAGGAAUGUCUGCAGCAGCCGUGGCCCAGGAGCAGUCGCCCUGUCUGAGGAGAGACCGCAAAAAGACUCCAAUUGCAGCCUCGGAGGUCCGGGUGUCUCGGGGAGUUUCAGCGGAGUGGAUGAGCCCAAGCCGGAGUGCGUGUCAGUCGUGGUCGGGGGAUUCGGAGCGCUGGCUGGAAGCAACGACAGCGUGACCAAGAUCGUCAAUAAGAGGUUCAUGAGACAGACGGUCAAGGAGGAGAUGGUCGGUAUCAUGGGAGGAGGGAAAGAAACGACGAGCAACGCCGGCGCGGCAGGAUCUGGGACAGAGGAUGCACCCUGUGACUGUGCUGCCCAGUCCUCCUGCCUCGCCCGACCGUCAAGAGCAGCCGGAGCUCACCAUUCGCUCAGCCAGUGCAAGCACCGCCCACAAGAGUCUCCGACGACACCCGAGGAGCAGGGGGACACCUGCAACGAGUGACGACGCUUCAAAGACACGCAACACACACACACACACACAUACACACACAUGCACACGCAAUACCAAUUCUUCACAAAAACUGUACAUCACUGUCAUGACAAAAACCCAAUUCCUCACACCUCUCACGUCAGCAAAUGUACAUUCACACAUACAACCUGCCACACAGGUGCACUGCCAAACAUCACACACACAGGUGCACUGCUAGCACACUGCACAGACUGCCCCACAAACCCACUGCCACAUGCACACAUCCAUAACACUAGUCUUGGACUGUACCAUUCUGAUGCCAAGGACAGGGAGGUCAGAAACUCCAAGCCAGCAACAGAUCCAACCAUCACAAAACUACCAGCAGGACAUAAAACACACAUUCAUUUGACACGCUUUACUAAACAAGAGUAACUCCACGAACUAGUCUAACAAGUAAAACUAUGAUGUCAGGACCGGAUCUACUUAACCCUUCAAAGCCCCCCCCCACACAUUUACAAAAUAAGGUACUACAAAUUGUCCGUUUUGGACUGGAAAAUCCACCUUUACGACGUCGUCUUGCCACCAUGCUGUUGGACCAGUAGCCAUGUUGGAUUUACAGAUAAGUAAAGAGGAAAAAAGGACGUGGUCCCAGUUUGAGUUUGCGUUGAAAGUGCAUGUGUUACUUUGAGAGCCACAGUAUAAAACUGGAGAGGAGACAUCAGGUCACAGCUGGAAAGAUCUUCCACAUUGUGGUAGCAACUCUGAAACCAUCAGUCUAAGAUGAUUUCUCUCUGAACUUUGUCGUCAUAUACACACAUGCUGUGCUGGGAAAUGCAAUUCUGCCUUUUUGAUUCAUUAGCACAAUUAGCACAAUAACUAUCCAACGAGUGUCUCCAACAAGGAUCUGAUAACGCCACCUUUUGAUGACGCAUCUGCUUCGGUUGCAGCCUGGCAUUCAACGGUCCUGUUACGGUAGAUGGUGAAAGGAGAGUUCUUAUUGGACUACAAAUCCCAGCAUGACUAGAUUUGGACUCCAUGGAUUGAUGUUUGGACUCGUCAGCUCUAUAAAUGAGACCAUACAACUGAUUUGAGUGGACCUCCUACCAUUGUUGCGUAGUAGCAAACGGAAAGAACGAAAGAAGAUCCCCAGGCCUGCUCGCAAGUAACUGUCCCUUGUGCUCACAGAAGGACUUUGGCCACUAAUACGGAGACGUUUUGUGGCAUCGUAGUUGUGGUUACUAAACCCUAUAGAUGUAAGGAAACCCACUUCAAACGUCUUACCCUCCAGAGUCUGGUUGGAAGAAUUAUAGUUUUGGUUUGGACCUGUUGCAGCAGGCAGAAAGUGCCUGCUCGUUUCCUAUUUUGAGAUAUUUCUUAACUGAUGUCAGGAUUCAUCUUUAACCCUUUGAUCAUCGUCCACCUAAAAGCCCAUCUGCUGUUUUCACUUGGCAUUGGAUGGAGAUGCACUGAUAUGACUUUUCAAAACUUGUUUUUUUACCAGUUUUGCAGAGUGCCUCAACAACUAGUUUGGCAUCCUGCUCCACAGGCCAAAAAAAGUAUUCCAAUUCCCUCCAUUCUGUAAAAAACAGUACAGAACAUUUAGGUGGUUUACACUAAAUAUCAACGUCACGCGUGACUUUUGGAAUCUGGUUAAGAUGAAUUAAUUAAUUAAUUAAUUAAUACGAUUAAGAAAGGUUUUAACAACACUAAUGAUAUUGACCUGAUGUCCAGCAGCUUCAUCGGUGCAUCCCUACCCUGCUGUGCUUCAUGGCAUCAGAUACGAGGUGUGUCCAAACUCAAAAUGCUCAUCGACCAGAAACACUCACUAACUCUAAGCAGUGUCCAAGGAGAACUCGGAAGCAUUCCUUUUAUUAGUCUUUCCCAGAUGUGUGUGUGUGUGUGUGUGUGUGUGUGUGUGUGUGUGUGUAUGGUUUGUAUGUACGUUUAGUCAUUGAAUUCUCAGCGUUAUGGUGUACCAGUGCAUCAUUUCCAGGUCUAGUGAAGGGGAUAGUUUUUAAAUACUUCCUCUUUUCCCUCCGCUCUUCUCUCACGCACAACUGUCCUCGUGUUGUAGUACGUCACCGCCGGCGUAGCUACUCUACGAAAUCUAUACGCAUUUUGAAAAAUGUAGCAUUAUAACGGGAUCUUGGUAAAGAACCAGCGGAGAGCUGUGACUGUCCGUUUGAAGCCAGAGUAGUUUAAGCACUGAGUUUUUACUUUUUAACAAAUACAUUCGAGACAGUCAGUAAAAGACAAAGAAAUAUGUUCCGGGGUUACUGACACAAAUGCUCUCAUUGGUGAAUUGGAAACUUAAAACGAAUACUGUAAACUGAAAACAAUCAUAUUUGGAAGGGUUUUUAAUUCCAUUUCUUUCUCCUGUCCCUUUGUUUGUUUCUAAUCAAUCAAUCAAUAGAUAUUCAAAGUGCCUGUCAGAUUACUUUUUAGUCAGCUCACACCAAAACUGGACUCCAUAUAAAAAAAAAAAACACAAACAAACACAGCGGGCCUUUUUUUUUUUAAAUGGGCGAGAUUGUUUUUAUGCACAUAAUUGCGAUCAGGCUGUAGUAAGUAAAGCUACAAUAGAGUACUGUACCACAGUGGAGGAAGGACAAGACGGUUUACAGGUAUAGUAGGACAUAGUAUGCACACCAUACUAACUUUUUUUUUAUACCAAGGGUUAUUGUAUUUCUGGAAAGUAAUUUAUUUUUGUUUGGUUUAUUUUGUAUGGAUAUUUUUGCUGAUUUAUCAGCCUGUUGUUUCUAUUAUUUCUGUUCAGUUAUCACGGUGCUACUUAGUGUGACAUCUGCUGUGGGCUCAUCUAUUUGAACUAUGUCUAUUUGUGAGCUGCAGUCGAGCGUUUCUCCAUCUCUGCACACGAUUUAAUGACUCAGCAGUUUAAAAUAGGGCAUUACAGUAACAGUGCAUGUAUUUAAAUAACACAGGGAGGAAAAGCCACAGUCUACAUGCGGCUGUCUGUCUCCGCUCCAGCCCUCGAUGCUGGUACAAAACCCAAUUAUCUGAAACCAGUCACCGCUUCAAAAGCUACUUGCUACGGGAAUAGACGGGUCAGAUGUUGGACCACAAUUAUACAACAGGUUGUUUUAGCCAAGCACUCUAAUUGGUUAAAGACCACAUGAAGUCAUAUGACCUCAUUAGAAUGCUUCCAAAUAGCACCGCUAAUAUGUACACAUCCAUUCCUGUCUACAUUCCAUGAUAUUAUUUUUUAAAGCUUUGUAGUUACAUAAUACAAUUACAAACCACAUCUGGUGUUGUGACUUAAGAGAAUUACCUGAUAAUACAUAACAGCAGAAAAGGGCUCGCUAAGACUUAGCUCGCUAACAAGCUAACAGGUUCACUUAGCAAAGCAGUGACCUGUGAGUCCGGACUAGCUUUUCCAUACUCUGAAAAGUAAAACACGUUUAGGGAAAAGUCCACAGAAAAUCCACCGUUUGUCGUAUCAAACUGUAAACUUGCCAUCCAGAAAGGUGGCUCUGAAAAGUUUAGCUUGUUUCUUCGCAGCUGUUGUCUGCUGGGAUUUGGCAAUUUCAAGGAUUCCACAAUGACCAGUUCACACUCCAGCAGCAUAAUCCACUUCUUUGCUGCCUCUCCGUGGUUAUGUUUCCUACAAUUAUUCAAAAUGUGGCUAAUUAUACUGCUUCUGUUUGGCACUAGCACGGUUAGCUGUUUGCAUUUGUUGCACACAGCUCUGUAUGCUAAUGUAGUAAUGUCAACUUUUUUCCCAGUCAGGAGGUCUGGCACAUUUUAUCAAAACUAAAAAGAGGAGGACCUUGGCAGAGUCAGUGAUACUAAGGCAAGAAGACAGUGGGAUUUUAAUUUUAAUUGAAUGAACGCAAACCCUACAAAAUAAAAGCACAAACGUGGCCCAGCUCAAUGACACGAGUGAAACAAUAAUUCUUGAUUGUGAGAAAGAUUGUGCUCUACCUCUUACACUUUUUACACCAUUACCGAACUCUGAGUCACCUCAUUAAGUAACACGACGAUAAGGUACGAGUGUAUCUUUAACGUUUCUGUGCAUCGCCCUGAAUGAGACGGUCACUUUGUGCCUCUCCUCUGCAAAGAUGUCUGGCUUGAAUUUAAACCAACAAUUUUUCUGCAAAUAGUUGACUCCACCUAGUACGAACUGCACGAUGGUUCAUUACAUCUGGAGUUCAGAUCAGAUGUCUUCAGGUGUAGAAUGAUCUGUGUUUACGUUCAUCUUCCAUUGUUGCUCUCCUUCAUACAUUUUGACUGACCAAUAAGGGACCUCAGUGUCAGGACUACAGUACGACUCAGAAAUUGGUUUUGCUUUUGUGUGACCAGACCUCCAAGCGGCAAACAAUUCGGACCACGGUUAUGUUUUGUUAUCAGCCAACCUCCAGUCUUAUGUUUUCUGCUGAUAUUGCAGAAUGGAACGUAGGCCGGUAUUUUAGACAUGAUACGAUAGACGAUUCCAGCGCACGUUGAGACUGUGGAUAAAACUAUUUUCAUUUCAUAUUAGAGGACGCAAAAAAAUACAGAACGUUUCAUGUUUUUAGCUGAUUUGAACACAUAAAAUAAUUAGUUUUUAAUGCUUUACAACUCGUGAUUCUUCCUAUAAUAACGUCAGAUGUGACUGAUAUAGCUGGAAACACACCUCACAGCUCCUUCUGGUCUUUAACGUGGAUGUAUUUUCGCCAGCAUAGAAGACUCCAAACUCUCUCCGACUCGGAUGUCAUUGGUCAGUUCUGCCUCGGCCUCUCCGGCCUUUCCACCUGCCUGUCAGGUGUUAUAUUUGCUCCUCCCCCUCAGGUUAUAAGUACACAGACAUAGCAGCCAAUGACAGACGGUUUUUAAUGGGUCGCACGUCAUCACCAGCCAAUAACUGAUGAGCUCUUACAGGUUGCAUGGCACAAACCACGACUCUCAUUAUCCCCCGUGUGUCUGUAAGCCUGUGGCCUGAAAAGCAGCCUUUUUAACGUGUUUCCAUACCAUUCAUAUGAUUGUUACAUCCUGGGAAUAUGUAAAUGAAUUCUUAGCUGUUCAUAAUGUUAGCUCAACGAUUACCUAGAGACUGCCUGUAUAUUUGCUUUAUAUAACCUGCUCUUGUCUUUUUUUAAUAACACCUGUUUUCUUGAAUAAUAGGAGACUGCAAUGAAUGACAAAUUAAAUGAUAGAAAUGUGUCCCCCUUGUAUUGCAAAUUGGAAAAGACAGAAAAAGGUUUGUACUAUCUCCCUCCUUUUGUUUCUUUGAGAACAGCUGAAUGUCAACAGCUGAUCUGAGGCGGGUCGCGCUGUGGAAGUAUGUAGCUCUCUCCCUUUACAGGCCCCCACUUGAGCAUUUCUUCUGUACAUAGGUGCAUUUUUGAAGCUGACGAAAAACAAAAAAGGCAGCAGACGUUUAAUGAGUAAGAUGAGGAAAUUUGAUCCAAGUGGAUUUUUAAAAAGGUUGAGGAUUUAAAGUUUUUUUUCUUUUCUUUUUUCAACCAAUGUAGCUUGUAAAACAAGAUAUUAUAACUGCCUCCUGUUUGUCAUAAAAUUCACAAAUAAAUGUUUGUUGGAAUUUA